AUGUCAACUCAGUUUUAUAAAAGGAACCCCCUAUUCAAGGUGUUUAACUCGACUUUGAUCGAGCUCCCUGCGCCCCCCAAUAUCAGUGCUUUUUGAAACUUUGGUUCUUUACUCUCAGGGUGCCUAAUCGUUCAGAUUAUUUCGGGCCUAUUUUUAGCUUCUGCUUACUCUGCAGGCAUAGAGCUUAGCUUCGAGCAGGUCUUCAAAGCAAUAGAGGUUAGGGAUAAAGGCUGGCUGAUUCGGUACAUUCACGCUAAUGGGGCCUCUUUGUUUUUCCUUUGCUUAUAUUUUCACGUAGGGCGAGGCAUUUAUUACGGGUCAUACUUGUAUGUACACACCUGAAAUGUCGGAGUCACUAUUCUGUUACUAACAAUAGCGGCUGCCUUUAUGGGCUACGUUCUACCUGUAAAUCAAAUAUCAUUUUGAGGGGCCUCUGUAAUCACUAACUUAUUCAGGGAAAUCCCUUAUGUUGGGCCUAAUGUUGUCCAGUAUAUCUGAGGGGGAGUCACAGUAGAGGGCCCCACUAUUUAUCGGUUUUUUGCGUUCCAUUUUUUAGUUCCUUUUAUUAUUCUAGCUUUAGUGGUUGUUCACAUUACUAUGCUUCAUAUGACUGGUUCGGGCAAUCCGCUGGGGAUUCAUAGGGAAGUAGAUAAGGUCAGAUUCCAUUCCUAUUUUUCUCUGAAGGAUGGAUUGGGGGUAGCCUUGGCGUCGGGGGGCUUCGUUUUAGUUUGUAUGUACUGACCCCUAGUGUUAGGAGACGAUGAAAAUUUUAGCCUCGCUAACCCGUCGGUUACUCCUCACCACAUCCAGCCGGAGUGGUACUUCCUAUUUGCCUACGCUAUCCUGCGCUCUAUCCCCAAUAAGCUUGGCGGGGUAGUUGCCCUUCUUCUAUCCGUCUUAAUCUUGUACCUAAUACCUUUUACUGGACUUGCAAAAAAGAAAGGAAGAAUAUUCUAUCCGGUAAGUAAGGGCCUGUUUUGAGGUUUUGUAGUGUGUGUUUUGGCUUUGACCUGGAUCGGGGCCUGUCCAGUAGAGCCCCCUUACGUUCUUACGGGCCAGAUUUUCACGGUGCUGUAUUUUAUAUUCUAUCUUUUGACUCCUAUUAGCGCCGCACUCUGAGACGCCCUCAGAUAA